AUGGAAAUUAAAGCUUAUGAAAAUGAUAUUUUUUAUGACAAUAUGGGGAUGAGACUAUGGGAAAGAAGGCAUCAACAACUGGAUAAAUAUAUAGAGAAGGAAAGAACAUUAGAUAUCGGAUGCAAUGAUGGCAAAUUUAUUUAAAGAUUAGCUCAUUCCUUAGAUUUCAAUUUCAUCGCUGGAUUGGACAUAGAUCUCGAAGUUCUCAAAGAAGCUUGUGAUAACAUAGUAUACGAUCAGAUCUAAGACUGUCUAAGAUCAAAUAGAAAAUCAGAAUGUUGGAUUAAAUUGUUCCAUGGAAAUGCUCUAAAGAAAUACAAACAACUCAAAUAGAUGAAUUUUGAAUUAAUCACACUUAUAGAGGUGGUAGAACAUUUGCAAUUAGAAUAACUGGAUGACUUAUGUGAAAAUGUAUUUGGAUAUUUGAAUCCUCAAAGAAUUAUCAUUACAACUCCAAAUUCUGACUUCAAUGUCUAUUUUAAAUAGCUUAACCCCAAGUUUGUCUUGAGGCACCCAGAUCACAAAUUCGAGUUUUCAUAAUAGGAAUUUUUAGAAUGGACAUCUGCUCUUGCUUCAAAAUAUCGUUAUUCAACAAUCUAUGAGGGAGUGGGUCAACACAAAUCUGGAGACCUUACGAAUGGUUAUGCCUCCUAAAUUUGUAUUUUCACUAAAAUCAAAGAUUAUGAAAAUAAUUUCGUACAUGAUUAAGAAGAUAUCUAAUGUGUCUUACAACACUGCUUGCCGUAUGAUGGUCGCACUGAUGAAUAAAAAUUAGCUGAUGACAUAAUAAUGAAUUAUUCAAGAUUUUCUUUAUAGAAUUCGAAUGACAUCGAUGAUUAUGAGUAUGAUCUUCUCUCUUAACUUGAUGACUAUGAUAUUUUGAUGAGGAUUAGAGAUCUGCCAAGAAAUGAAUACUUGGAAUAGAUGAUCAAACAGAAUAGUAAUAGGUUCUCCAUUUAUCAAAAUGAUUAUUUAUUAUUGAAAUUAAAUUAUUGA